UUUCUCCUCUCCUCUUAACUUAACAAUGGCUGUACAGGCGCAGCAGUACCCCCCCAAUCUCCUCUUCCACGAUAGAGGCGAGCCGGACAGGAAGAAGGAGAUGGACAUGCCCAAGCCGCAGCAGCUCGCCGGGGUCUCGCCGGGUCUCUAUUUCGCCACCGGAGGAGCCGUGGGUGGGAAUCGGAGGAAGCGAUCGAGGGAGGCCAUGGCUGCGCCGGCGCCGGGGCCCGUCAAGGAGGAGUACAUCAACCUGUUGGCGCUCCAGCAGCAGCAGCAGCAGCCGGCGCAGUUUUUCAACAUCCACAACGGCAACAGGGUCGCGUCGGCCUCCCCGUCCCCCGCCCCGGCGGCGCGCGUGUCCACGGGCCUGCGGCUGGCAUUGGACGAGCAGCAGCAGCGGCAUCAGCAGCAGAUGACUAGUUCCCUCUGCUACGCCGCGUCCCCCUCGCCGUCCCCGCUCGGCUCGCUCUCCGACGAGCUCGCCGGGCAGAUGAAACAGCACGGGGAGGAGCUCGACAGGUUCAUCCGGGAGCAGGGCGAGCAGCUCCGGCGCGCCAUCGCGGACCGCGUGCGCCACCACAACCGGGCCCUGCUGGUGGCGGCGGACAAGUCGGCGUCGCGGCGGCUCCGGGAGAAGGCGUCCGAGGCGGAGCGCGAGGCGCGGCGCGGCGCGGAGCUGGAGGAACGGCUGGCGCGGCUCCGGGCGGAGGCGGCGGCGUGGCAGGCCAAGGCGCUCUCGGAGCAGGCCACCGCCGUCGCGCUCCACGCGCAGCUGCAGCAGGCGGCGGCGCGGGCCUCGUGCGAGGAGCUCGGCGCCGAGGCCGGGGGCCCGGCGGAGUCCUCGUCGUCGGCCUACGUGGACCCUCGCCGCGCCGGGUCCGGGUCGUGCCAGGGCUGCCGUCGCGGGCCGGCCACGGUGGUGCUCCUCCCCUGCAGGCACCUGAGCCUGUGCGGCGGCUGCGUCGCCGCCGGCGAGACGGAUGUCGCCCUGGCGUGCCCGGUGUGCCGCUGCGUCAGGACCGGCAGCGUGGAGGCCAUCCUCUCGUGACCUGGCCGCGGGCCCACCUCGGCCGUCCGUCCUGUGAGUGCUCGAUCGAUCGAAGCAUUGCAUCCUGCACAACCGUAGAUUAUGGUUCAAUCCAAAGACUGGAAAAUAGACCAAGAAAUUAGUAGGAACUUAGAUUUUUUUCUUUUUGAUCAAGCUUCUGUUCAUAUUUUUC